CCCUUGGCCAUCAUUCUGAAGCAGAUGUGAGCAGCACAGAAGAUGAGUGAGGCGAGGGGUUAUUUGUAGCAAUACCUGAUUAUGCUAAGUGCGUGUACAUGAUUGUAGACGCUGGCGCAUUCUGUGACCCAGUAAUGUAAGCGAGAGCUAAGCAUUCUUGUCACAACGUUACGGCGAUCCGCAUGUACAUGUACAUGCGGAUAUACAUUGUACAUGAACUACAUUACACUCGAUGGUUGAACAAAUUAAUAAUAUUAAUUAGGACACAGGUGUCUGGCGUGAUCAUUCACACAACACAGAACAGGUACUUGGACGAGAUACAGUCACAUCUUGUAUAUCUGUGACACACCGCUCAUCACAGGAACGUGAAUGGAGCGAGUGUGUACGUGUGGAACGCUUCAUCCAGUUAGUUUAGCCUUUUAGUGUUAGCAUACACAAUGUAGGUACCGUCACUUCCCGCCAAACGAACGGAGAUUAGCACUAGUACCGGUAGUACUCACUAGUAGCAUUUACCUUACAAACAGCCCCACGCUAGCUGCUGACCUGAUAGGGGAAAACAUGCAUUGUCUCCGACCGCUCCGCAGGUCUAAAAGCUUGGGUGGACGAGCACAGAUCUUUCAGGAGUCGACUUGCGCUCCAGCCUGCAGCAGGAAGGCUAUGGAUAGCGCUGUCCAAGAUGUUUAGUUCGACUUGACACGAAAUUUGACAACAGGACUUCGAGCGGGGCACAGUUGCAAGCACCAGCGCUGCUGUCAAAGAAGCGUGGUGGACCGUGGUUGUAGAGACAAUCCAGACUUGAGACGUUGAUAAUUGAGUUCGUUUCGACCGGCCAAGUAAAUAACCAGACAUCGAGAGUGGGGCCAUUCCUGGCGCCCUGAGGGAACUCAUUGAUUCGGUGUCUCCCACCGGCACCCAGAGCAGCACGCCAUCAGCGCACGACGCGCAACUCGCCUGCCUGCUUUUCAUCAAGCAAGAUGUUCCGCCAGAUGUUGCGGCUGGAACCGGAGCGCAAACCGACAAUGCUUUACAUUGCACUACUUCUCGUGACUGGGCUCUGCAUCGUCCGUUGUAGGGAAGUAGUUGAGCAGCGUUUCCUGCACUGUAACCCGUGCAUAUGCACGCAUGAGGUGGCCGACUGUCAAGAUCGCAGUCUCAGUGUCGUUCCUCAGGCCAUCGCCACAGCGUCCAAUAUCACUACCCUGAACCUGUCAGGAAAUAGGAUUGAACUCACACCGGAGACAUUCGACGGUUUCUCUGAUCUCAAAGAACUGUUUCUGGAUGACAAUCUCAUCAACGAGUUGCCGCCCGGGAUAUUCGAUGCUCUGCUGGAGUUGGAAGUGCUGCAGUUGCAGAAUAAUUACCUGACCAGCCUCCCUCCCAACAUUUUCUCGAAACUCCACUCCCUGAAAAACCUAGAUGUCAGGGGAAAUAGCUUGCGCGGACAAAGUGCAUGCCCACUUCUGAGCGUCAUCGACAGUGGCCUUCUAGCUGAUGCUGAAACGUCCCAGGCAAUACUAACAAUGAAGCGGAUCUGCGACCCCCAAGCAACAGUCGCGUGUUUUCAGCACGAAUCGGAGACAAAAUUUACUUGCAGCUGCCCUCCUGGUAAAGUGUACGUCAGGGGCCUGUGCAACGAUUCAACAACUUGCUCUUCAGAUUCAGCAUCCGAGCACCGUGAAACGUACGUACAGUGCAGUUCAAAUCAGCAAGGAGUUCAGGAGUGUAGGUGUGGACCGGGCAGGGAACUCCAUCAACCGGAAUUCUUUGGUCUGAUCAUACUGCCCUUCUGCUUGCACACAGAGGUGUGCAGUGGCAGAGACACGUGCGGUGCUAAUGAAGUCUGCAUCGAAGCAGAUGGCAGUUACCACUGUCGUUGUGAAACUGGGUUUUCAGGGCAGCCAUGUACAGACGUGGAUGAAUGCACAUCGGAUGCUAUUGACUACCCAUGCCCACCGAGCAUCAACUGCACCAACAACAUUGGAUCGUAUACGUGCGAGUGUGGUCAGGGACAGGCCUACAAUAGUGCUCACUGUAUAGAACACAUGGAGGCACCAGUAAUCGAGUACGAGGGGCUAAACACGAGUGCUAUCAUGGUGGACGAAGGCUCAGCCGUUGAGUUGAAUUGCAGCUCAACUACUGAUCAGCCAGUCAAGUAUGAAUGGCUUGACAAGCAUGGAGCAGUGAUUGACCCUAUCCCAUCAGCCAUUCAUGUUGAAGGAGGAGUUCUGCGCAUUCUGUCAGUGAGUUACCAGAGGGACAAUGGCAGAUUAACGUGUCGUGUUUCAAGCAUCCCCUAUCCCACCAUGGACACAACGGCAGUAGUCGACCUGAAAUUGAAUGCCCCACUUGACUUUCAUAUUAUGGCUGUGUUUGGGUUUCCAAGUACGGAAAUUCCCGAGGACAUAUUUGCUAUGGCUGAAAUGGAGCUAAGGCAUAUGCUGCCAGAAGCGUUCUUUGCUGAGGAAAGGGAUAGCAAUGAGACACAUUUAGGAUCUGGAAACGACACGGAAAUCAGCAUACGGGUGUUUGUGAACAUAUCAAGUGCUGUGUUGGACAGGAACACACUGCUGCCAGGUAUGGACCUUUCUCAGCUUGUCAAGAGUCGCAUGUGGGCACGCCGCAAAGAAUCUCCACCGAUGUCGCCUCUUACCCUUCUCAAUGUUGCUGUUACCAUGAUUCCACGUUGUUCUUGUACUGGUGAUGAAUUUUCGGAUGGACGGUACUGGCCUGAAACUCGUCACAGGGAACUGGCAUAUGUCCCGUGCAGCAACGAUAGUACGAAUGGGACCGCCGUUGCAUCGAGAAGAUGCGAGCUGUUCGAGACAUCCUUCCUGUUCUGGGGCAAUGUGGACAACUCGGAAUGCGUGCCACUUGACACUGUUCCUAUCAAUGCCUAUUUCCAGGACACAAUUGUUGGCUAUCUUCCAGCUAGCGAAUCAGAGAAGAUCUUGCUGUACGUAGCCUUCAUCGGAUGCGGCCUGUCCAUGCCAGGAAUCAUUGCUACCUUGAUCACCAUACUGGCACUGAAAAAGCUACGUACGAAAGUUCACCAGCAGAUUAUUUUUGGCCUGUGCAUCUCACUGCUGCUCGUCCUCGUUCUGUUCAUUGCGGGAAUCAAGGCAACGGCCUCGGCAAACGUCUGUACUGGCAUUGCAAUGGCCGUGCAUUACUGCCUGCUCUCCGCAUUCCUGUUCACGGCCGCGGAUGCAACGCACCUCUAUCAGCAGGUUGUCAAGGUGAUGUCCAUCAAGAAAGAACUUUCCACGUUGAGACGCUCUCUUCUGAUUGCUUUAGGGAUACCAUUCAUGGUAGUGGUGGCAACAGCAGGUUCUACAAAGGCUGAUGUUUAUGGGAGCAAAAAUGGCUUUCGAUACUGCUGGAUCAACCAAAGAGCGGUGUUCUACGGAACGUUCAUCGGUCCCGUGGCUGCCUUGCUGUUGUACAACGCCGUAGUCUUGACGGUGGUCAUGCGCUCUCUCCGGCGAGGAAAGGGCAGCAUCGCCAGGGCGAGGAACGGUGGUGGCAGCAGCAGCUUUGCGUACCUGCUGCGCGUCGCGGUGUCGCUGUCGGUGCUGCUGGGUCUGACGUGGGUGAUUGGGUUCGUGAUGCUUGUCACGCAGAACACAGUGUUGCAGUACAUCUUCACCGUUCUCAACACCCUGCAAGGUCUGGCCAUCUUCAUCCACACCAUACGAGCGAAGGAUGUGCGCAGGGGUUGGGUAGAAGUUAUGAGUUCAUCCAGCCGACUUUCAUCGCUGACCAUGUCGCGCCAGCUGUCAAGCCGCAGUAGAAAAAGUGCCAGCAGCAGGAAAGCAGUGUCGGAAACUGUUGAGCCUUCUCCCACUAGGCAUCGGUUAUUUGGUCUCUGCUCUGGUAUAAAGUGUGUUUCAGCCUCAGAUGCAUCCGUGGAUAUACCUGGCGGCACUCAUUUGUCGGACAUUUCCGAGACUCGCUCAACAAACAAGCCUGAGAAGGCUAAAUAUAGUUCAAACAACUCAUCACCAUCCUCUUGGACGACCUUACCAGCGACCUCUCAGUUCUCCGCUCGCGGCCGAAGAGGCAGCCCGAUAUCUGUGCUGUUUGAAACACACAAACCUGAUGCCAAUACGCGUGUGCAGAGUGGACAGAACUCUCAAGACAUGCUGUUGAACAUGGUUGCAGCAGAGCCAGUGCUUCAGGAAGCUCACCCUGCACUGCAACAGUGCGCUCAUAGGCAACCGUGUCAGCAUUGCCAGGUAAACAAUGCAUCAAAGCAGUUGUUACCCUUGAGAACGGCAAGCAGAAUCGUGAUGUACCAUGGUGGGCACAGUUGUCCUGAGCAGGUGAAGAUUUGUUCAGCCAGUAGCACUACGCCGAGUGCCAGGCAACAGUCGGUGGAUAACACAGAGUCAAGCAGUAUGACUCACCACUCUUGCAGUACGGAUCCAAUUCCCAGCUUCGAUCACAACACCGUGUAUUAUUGCUCAGAACUAUAAUAGGCGGUGCCACCACCCCAACCUCUCCAGACAUAUUAUCCUGUGUGACCACUGGCAGGGCUUGAGAACAAUGGUAUCACUGAUUCACAUUACGGUAUUAUUUAACUCGCAUACUGAGCCAGUUAAUGUGAUUAAUAUACAUGUAGAAGAAAUCACCUGGAAAAUGUCUCAGUAGCCAGUCAGUGUUGUGCCCUGUUAUCGCACUUUCUGACUCUUAUUCCUUGAAGUACUGUGUUGAGUAACAAAAAGCUCUUACCCUCCCGCACACAACGGGCACGGGUAGGUGGAACGACAUUUAUUAUGUGAGACGAAGAGACAGAGACAAAGACGAACGACU